CCCUGUGCCCGCCUUUGGGAGGGCUGCGCUCGGGUAGCGAGUCUUGGCGACCUUGUGUGGAAUGUUUGCGCGUGAUGCGUGCCUGUGCGGACUGGCGUGUCGGCUGUGGCCGCCACCACCUCCACCUCCCGGCCAUCCUCGACAAGAUGCCUGCGCCCGGCGCCCUCCUCCUGCUCGCGGCCGUCUGCGCCUCCGGCUGCCUGGCGUCCCCGGCCCAGCCCGAUGGAUUCGCCAUGGGUCGGGCCCCUCUGGCACCUCCCUACGCCGUGGUCCUCAUUUCCUGCUCCGGCCUGCUGGCCUUCAUCUUCCUCCUCCUCACCUGUCUGUGCUGCAAACGGGGGGAUGUUGGUUUCAAGGAGUUCGAGAACCCGGAAGGCGAGGACUGCUCCGGGGAGUACACUCCCCCGGCCGAGGAGACUUCCUCCUCUCAGUCGUUGCCUGAUGUCUACAUCCUCCCGCUGGCCGAGGUCUCCCUGCCAAUGCCUGCGCCGCAGCCUUCACACUCAGACAUGACCACCCCUCUGGGCUUGAGCCGCCAGCACCUCAGCUACCUGCAAGAGAUUGGCAGCGGCUGGUUUGGGAAGGUGAUCCUGGGAGAGAUUUUCUCCGACUACACCCCAGCCCAGGUGGUGGUGAAAGAGCUCCGAGCCAGCGCGGGGCCACUGGAGCAACGCAAGUUCAUCUCGGAAGCACAGCCAUACAGGAGCCUGCAGCACCCCAACGUCCUGCAGUGCCUGGGCCUGUGUGUGGAGACGCUGCCCUUCCUGCUGAUCAUGGAGUUCUGCCAACUGGGGGACCUGAAGCGGUACCUCCGGGCUCAGCGGCCCCCUGAGGGCCUGUCCCCCGAGCUGCCCCCUCGGGACCUGCGCACCCUGCAGAGGAUGGGCCUGGAGAUUGCCCGGGGGCUGGCGCACCUGCACUCGCACAACUACGUGCACAGCGAUCUGGCCCUGCGCAACUGCCUGCUGACCUCUGACCUCACUGUGCGCAUCGGAGACUACGGGCUCGCCCACAGCAACUACAAGGAGGACUAUUACCUGACGCCGGAGCGCCUAUGGAUCCCGUUGCGCUGGGCGGCGCCCGAGCUCCUCGGGGAGCUGCACGGCACCUUCAUGGUGGUGGACCAGAGCCGCGAGAGCAACAUCUGGUCCCUGGGGGUGACCCUGUGGGAGCUGUUUGAGUUCGGGGCGCAGCCCUAUCGCCACCUGUCGGACGAGGAGGUCCUGGCCUUCGUGGUCCGCCAGCAGCACGUCAAGCUGGCCCGGCCGAGGCUCAAGCUGCCCUACGCCGACUACUGGUAUGACAUCCUGCAGUCCUGCUGGCGGCCGCCCGCCCAGCGCCCCUCGGCCUCUGACCUCCAGUUGCAGCUCACCUACCUGCUCUCGGAGAGGCCCCCCCGGCCGCCCCCGCCGCCACCCCCGCCCCGAGACGGCCCCUUCCCCUGGCCCUCCCCAUCGCACAGCGCGCCGCGCCCCGGGACCCUCUCGUCCCCGUUCCCGCUUCUGGAUGGCUUCCCCGGGGCUGACCCCGACGACGUGCUCACGGUCACGGAGAGCAGCCGCGGCCUGAACCUCGAGUGCCUAUGGGAGAAGGCCCGGCGGGGGGCGGGCCGGGGCGGGGCGGCGCCCCCCUGGCAGCCCGCGUCCGCGCCACCGGCCCCCCACGCCAACCCUUCCAACCCCUUCUACGAGGCGCUGUCCACACCCAGCGUGCUGCCCGUCAUCAGCGCCCGCAGCCCCUCAGUGAGCAGCGAGUACUACAUCCGCCUGGAGGAGCACGGCUCCCCCCCGGAGCCCCUCUUCCCCAACGACUGGGACCCUCUGGACCCAGGCGUGCCUGCCCCCCAGGCCCCGCAGGCCCCUUCCGAGGUCCCCCAGCUAGUGUCCGAGACCUGGGCCUCCCCCCUCUUCCCGGCGCCUCGGCCCUUCCCGGCCCAGUCCUCGGCAUCAGGCAGCUUCCUGCUGAGCGGCUGGGACCCCGAGGGCCGGGGUGCGGGGGAGACGCUGGCCGGAGACCCUGCCGAGGUGCUGGGGGAGCGGGGGACCGCCCCUUGGGCCGAGGAGGAGGAGGAGGAAGAAGAGGGCAGCUCUCCGGGGGAGGACAGCAGCAGCCUUGGGGGUGGCCCCAGCCGCCGGGGCCCCCUGCCCUGCCCCCUGUGCAGCCGCGAGGGGGCCUGCUCCUGCCUGCCGCUGGAGAGGGGAGAUGCUGUGGCCGGCUGGGGGGGGCACCCUGCCCUUGGCUGUCCCCACCCCCCCGAGGACGACUCGUCUCUGCGGGCAGAACGGGGUUCCCUGGCC